AUGAGGGAAUACAAUAAUCAAGAUGCAAAAAUUGAUGAAACUGAACUUGAUCCAUGCAUUGCUGCAGAAAUUCGUAUGAAGAAAAUGCUAUUUUCACAAAGAACUCGACGUAAUCUAUUGAUUCUUUUCGUUUUCAUUGCUAUGUUAAUUGUGCUUUCCGUUUUACUCUUCUUUCUAUUACCCGGAACAUCAUCAAAAGAAACAGACCCGAAAAGGAAUGUAUCGUUACCUGAAGUAAAUCUCGAGAUAUCUCAUAGCGCUUUUGAAAGUUCUCCUAUUGCCACAUCAAAAUUUUCAAAGAUGGCAGUAAAUGAUUCAUUGAUUGUAACAAUUGAGACAACGUCUUCAAAAAGUUCUGAAAUUGGUGAUGACGCAUUCAGCGUAGGUGAUAAUGAUUCAUUGGAAAAUCCUAUGAGUACAGCUACUUCAAUAUUAGAUUUAUUAUCUACAGCUACAGCAGUAACUACAGUAAUAACUUCAGUAACAACUACAGUAGCAACUUCACUAUAUACUACGAAUACUUCCCGUAUUUUGGAACAAUCGACGGGUAAUAUUGUUACAUUACCUUUGAUAAAGACAGAUAAGCAAAUAGAAGGAUCGAUUACUUUACCGUUAUUUAUUGAUACCGAUGAUAAUAUCGAUAGCGAAAUUGAGGAUUGUAAAGCAUUACUUAACAAUGAUAAGAAUGAGAGUGGAAUUUAUCAAAUUUUCCUUCCAAAAAUUGGCAAAUUCAAUGUUCUCUGUGAUAUGAAAACAAAUGAUGGCGGUUGGACAGUAAUACAAAAAAGAAAAGAUGGCCAAAUACACUUUGCUAAUCGUACAUGGAAUGAAUAUAAAAAUGGUUUUGGUGAGCUAACAAGUUCAUUUUGGCUUGGCUUAGAUAAGAUAUACGAAUUAACUGCAAAAGAUGACGGAAAUCCGGUUACAUUACGGAUUGAAUUACGAGGUGAUUUAUGCGAAGAUAAAAAUGGUUGCUCAAAACAACCGAAUGGUUAUUGGUGGGGUGAAUGGGAUUUUAAUAUUGGUAAUGCAUCGAAGAAAUACACCCUCUCGAUAUCAUCCGCUCUGGCAGGUAAUUUAUCCGAGCGUACAACCACUGAUCGAUUUCAUUAUAUGAAUAAUGGGAAAUCAUUUACAACUAUUGAUCAGGAUAAUGAUAAAUUUCAGGGUAAUUGUGCCCAAUUUCGUGAUUUUGGGGGUUGGUGGCAUAAUGAUUGCGGUUAUGUCGCAUUAAAUGGACGAUAUGGUGAUCGAACAUCAAAAAUGCGAAAUAUGUUUUGGUUUUAUGGUAGUGGCACACGUCCAUUUAUCAAUUACUAUAUCAAACCACGAGAAACUGAAAUGAAAAUACGAUCAAAAAGCUAA